UUCCAGCCCCGCGCUCGCCGAUCCUCCCCAGCUCGCGUCAGAGCCACAACUUUCAGGAGCAUGGACUGAAGGCGCCCUCGCUCCAGCGCCCCUCUGAGAUCCUUUGUGUUUUCCUCGGUUUCCUCUGGCUGUGUCCAUCUUGGGGGGGCUCUUGGCUCCCCCCCGCUUCUACCCUCCCCUUCCCCGCUCGCAAACAUGCCUCCUUCCUUCCCCGGGCCCUGGAAGGAGCUGCCUGCCUGAAGCCCGGAGACGCCGCGCCGCGCUGCGCUCAGCCCCGCCGCCGCCCGCCGGCUCUCGGGCUGCGCUGCCGACUCAAGUUGGGGAUCCUCGGCUGCUCGCCGUCGCCGCCUGCGGUCCCUGGCCGCCCCGGGCCCCAGGCAUCGCCGCCGCCGCCGCCCGCCGACUCCUCGCCCUGCCCUCUCGGCUCGCUCCUCUUUGAACGGAAAGCAGCUCUUCUCCGCCGAGGCUCGUCCCCAGCGUGGCUCCGCGGUCUCGGUCACUUUCUGAGAUUUUCCGGGGGGCGCUCGGCGGCUUCCCGGAUUCCAGGGAGGGGGGCUCGGGCCGCCGAGCGCGGGGGCCCCGUAAAGCGGGCGAGCAGGGGAAGAGCCCGGGCUUAGCGGAGGCUCACACCGAGGCAAGAACUUAUUCAACAAGUUUACCUCCCGCCCCCCCGCCUUCCUCUUUUCGAUGUGCGUUUUCGGACAUGCGGAGGUUACUGGAACCGUGUUGGUGGAUUUUGUUCCUGAAAAUCACCAGUUCUGUGCUCCAUUAUGUCGUGUGCUUCCCCGCGUUGACGGAAGGCUACGUGGGGGGCCUGCAUGAGAACAGACAGGGCAGCUCGGCGCAGGUCCGCAGGCGCAAGGCUUCGGGCGACCCGUACUGGGCCUAUUCGGGUGCCUAUGGUCCUGAGCACUGGGUCACAUCUAGUGUCAGCUGUGGGGGCCGUCAGCAGUCUCCCAUAGACAUUGCAGACCAGCAUGCACGUGUCAGUGAAGAGUACCAGGACCUGCAACUUGAUGGCUUCGACAAUGAGUCUUCUAACAAAACCUGGAUGAAAAACACAGGGAAAACAGUUGCCAUCCUUCUGAAAGACGACUAUUUUGUCAGCGGUGCUGGCCUGCCUGGCAGAUUCAAAGCCGAGAAGGUGGAAUUUCACUGGGGCCACAGCAAUGGUUCUGCGGGCUCUGAACACAGCAUCAAUGGCAGGCGCUUCCCCGUGGAGAUGCAGAUUUUCUUUUACAAUCCAGAUGACUUUGACAGCUUUCAAAGCGCCAUUUCUGAAAACAGAAUGAUCGGAGCCAUGGCCGUAUUUUUUCAAGUCAGUCCAAGGGACAAUUCUGCGCUGGAUCCUAUUAUCCAUGGGUUGAAGGGCGUCGUACAUCACGAGAAGGAGACCUUUCUGGAUCCUUUCGUCCUCCGGGACCUCCUGCCUGCAUCCCUGGGCAGCUAUUACCGGUACCCAGGUUCUUUGACGACCCCACCAUGCAGUGAAAUCGUGGAGUGGAUAGUCUUCCGGAGGCCUGUCCCCAUCUCUUACCAUCAGCUCGAGGCUUUUUAUUCCAUCUUCACCACGGAGCAGCAAGACCACGUCAAGUCAGUGGAAUAUCUGAGAAAUAACUUUCGGCCACAGCAGGUCCUUUACGACAGGGUGGUGUCCAAGUCUGCCGUCCGUGACGCCUGGAACCAUGACAUGACGGACUUCUUAGAAAACCCACUGGGGACAGAAGCCUCUAAAGUCUGCAGCUCUCCACCCAUCCACAUGAAGGUGCAGCCCCUGAACCAGACGGCGCUGCAGGUGUCCUGGAGUCAGCCCGAGACCAUCUACCACCCGCCCAUCAUGAACUACAUGAUCUCCUACAGCUGGACCAAGAACGAGGACGAGAAGGAGAAGACAUUCACGAAGGACAGCGACAAGGACUUGAAAGCCACCAUUAGCCAUGUCUCACCUGACAGCCUUUACCUGUUCCGGGUCCAGGCCGUGUGUCGCAAUGACAUGAGGAGUGACUUCAGCCAGACCAUGCUCUUCCAAGCUAAUACCACUCGAAUAUUCCAAGGGACCAGAAUUGUCAAAACAGGAGUGCCCACGGCGUCUCCCGCCUCUUCGGCCGACAUGGCCCCCAUCAGCUCGGGGUCUUCCACCUGGACGUCCUCUGGCAUCCCCUUCUCAUUUGUGUCCAUGGCGACUGGGAUGGGCCCGUCGUCCAGCGGCAGCCAGGCGACCGUGGCCUCGGUGGUUACCGGCACGCUCCUCGCGGGCCUGGGCUUCAGCGGCGGCGGCAUCUCCUCCUUCCCCAGCAGCGUGUGGCCCACGCGCCUGCCCACGGCCGCCGCGGCCAGCAAACAGGCCGGCAGACCCGUCCUGGCCACCACCGAGGCCUUGGCCGCCCCGGGCCCCGACGGCGAUGCGGCGCCCACCAAGGACGGCGAGGGUGCCGAGGAGGGGGAGAAGGACGAGAAGAGUGAGAGCGAGGACGGCGAGCGGGAGCACGAGGAGGAGGGCGAGAAGGACUCGGAGAAGAAGGAGAAGAGCCAGGUGACGCACGCCGCCCGGGCGCGCGAGCCCAGCGAGCCCACGCCCGCCCCCUCGGCUCCCGGCACAGCCGCCCAGGACGGCGGGCAUCAGACUAUAGCCGGGCGCCCGCGGGACCGCACCGCCAUCCCCACCGCCCGGCCCGAGGACGCGCUGCCCCCGCGCUCGCUCUCCCCCACCCAAGUGCCCCCCACAGUCCCAGAGGAGCGUUUCCGAGAGAAUGAUCCCCGGAGGCCCGAGGCGCCAUCUAAGAAGCCUGUGUCCCCAGGGGACCGGUUUUCCGAGGACAGCAAAUUUAUCACCGUUAAUCCAGCAGAAAAGAACACCUCUGGAAUGAUCAGCCGCCCUUCCCCCAGGAGGAUGGAGUGGAUCAUCCCUCUGAUUGUGGUAUCAGCCUUGACCUUCGUGUGCCUCAUCCUUCUCGUUGCUGUGCUAGUUUACUGGAGAGGGUGUAACAAAAUAAAGUCCAAGGGCUUUCCCAGACGUUUCCGUGACGUGCCUUCUUCUGGGGAGAGAGGAGAGAAGGGGAGCAGAAAAUGUUUUCAGACAGCUCAUUUCUAUGUGGAAGAUAGCAGUUCACCUCGGGUGGUCCCCAAUGAAAGUAUUCCUAUCAUUCCUAUUCCAGAUGACAUGGAAGCCAUUCCUGUCAAACAGUUUGUUAAACACAUCGGUGAGCUCUAUUCUAAUAACCAGCACGGGUUCUCCGAGGAUUUUGAGGAGGUCCAGCGCUGCACGGCUGACAUGAACAUCACUGCAGAACAUUCCAAUCAUCCAGAUAACAAGCACAAAAACAGAUACAUCAACAUUUUAGCAUAUGAUCACAGUAGGGUGAAGUUAAGACCUUUACCAGGAAAAGACUCUAAGCACAGCGACUACAUUAAUGCAAACUAUGUCGAUGGUUACAACAAAGCGAAAGCCUACAUCGCCACCCAGGGACCGUUAAAGUCUACAUUUGAAGAUUUCUGGAGGAUGAUCUGGGAACAAAACACUGGCAUCAUUGUCAUGAUUACGAACCUUGUGGAAAAAGGAAGACGGAAAUGUGAUCAAUAUUGGCCCACAGAGAACAGUGAGGAGUAUGGAAACAUUAUUGUCACCCUGAAGAGCACAAAAGUCCACGCCUGCUAUACUGUCCGUCGUUUUUCCGUCAGAAAUACGAAAGUGAAAAAGGGUCAGAAGGGAAAUCCCAAGGGGCGUCAGAACGAACGGGUCGUGGUCCAGUACCACUACACGCAGUGGCCCGACAUGGGAGUCCCCGAGUACGCCCUCCCGGUCCUGACCUUCGUGAGGAGGUCCUCAGCAGCCCGGACGCCGGAGAUGGGCCCCGUGUUGGUGCACUGCAGCGCGGGUGUGGGCAGGACGGGCACCUACAUCGUGAUAGACAGCAUGCUGCAACAGAUAAAAGACAAAAGCACAGUCAACGUGCUGGGGUUCCUGAAGCAUAUCAGGACUCAGCGCAACUACCUCGUCCAGACUGAGGAGCAGUACAUUUUCAUCCACGAUGCCUUGUUGGAAGCCAUUCUUGGAAAGGAGACUGAAGUAUCUUCCAGUCAGCUGCAUAGUUAUGUUAACAGCAUCCUCAUACCAGGAGUAGGAGGAAAGACACGGCUGGAAAAACAAUUCAAGCUGGUCACACAGUGUAACGCGAAAUACGUGGAAUGCUUCAGUGCUCAGAAAGAGUGUAACAAAGAAAAGAACAGAAACUCUUCAGUCGUGCCCUCUGAGCGUGCUCGAGUGGGUCUUGCCCCGUUGCCUGGAAUGAAAGGAACAGACUACAUUAAUGCUUCUUAUAUCAUGGGCUAUUACAGGAGCAACGAAUUCAUUAUAACCCAGCACCCCCUGCCACAUACUACGAAAGACUUCUGGCGAAUGAUCUGGGACCACAACGCACAGAUCAUCGUCAUGCUGCCAGACAGCCAGAGCUUGGCCGAAGAUGAGUUUGUGUACUGGCCAAGCCGAGAAGAAUCCAUGAACUGUGAGGCCUUUACCGUCACCCUUAUCAGCAAAGACAGACUGUGCCUCUCGAACGAAGAACAAAUCAUCAUCCAUGACUUUAUCCUUGAAGCUACACAGGAUGACUAUGUCCUAGAAGUUCGGCAUUUCCAGUGUCCCAAAUGGCCUAACCCGGAUGCCCCCAUAAGCAGUACUUUUGAACUUAUCAACGUCAUCAAGGAAGAGGCCUUAGCGAGGGACGGCCCCACCAUUGUUCACGAUGAGUAUGGCGCAGUUUCCGCAGGAAUGCUGUGUGCCCUUACCACCUUGUCGCAGCAACUGGAGAAUGAAAAUGCUGUGGAUGUUUUCCAGGUUGCAAAAAUGAUCAAUCUGAUGAGGCCUGGAGUAUUCACAGACAUCGAACAAUACCAGUUUGUCUACAAAGCAAUGCUCAGCUUGGUCAGCACUAAAGAAAAUGGAAAUGGUCCCAUGACAGUGGACAAAAAUGGUGCUGUUCUCAUUGCAGAUGAAUCGGACCCCGCCGAGAGCAUGGAAUCUCUAGUGUGAUUGGAAUGCUGAAAGGGCGCUUACUUUGUAAAACUUCUGAAGACUGAGAACUUUUUUGAGGCCUUUUUUGCCAGACUCUAGGUUAUACAAUAACCCAGUUACUUUUUUACACUGAUAAAAGUUUUGAUAUUUAUUUUUUGCCAUUUUAUGUCUUAAUGGUAUCCUACUGAGCAUUUGCACCUCUGUUCAUUUCACACAGUGAAACGCGGUUUUACCUAGUUUGCACUAUCUGAUCAGUGUUACUGCCUAUAAUCUAAUACUAAAGCGAACCCUGAUGUGACAUUCCAUGACAGCAUACAUGCUACUUUUGAAUUCAGUACAGUGAAGGUCUUUGUUAUGACCGUGAAUCUUGAGUUUUUUAAUUAUUAUUGCUAAAACAGUUGCAUUCUACUAGCAGGCAAUGCUGUACUUUUCCUCAGUCCUCCUCUCCUAUUCUUUUAAGGCACUGUUCAAUACUGUCUGCCUUCUGUAUUUUAAUGGAGUGGGUGAGCAUUGUUUUCUCUUCAAGAAUAGCAGGUGUGGGGGAGCUCCUCUGAAGGUCUGUCAACCUCAUGGCCUUGAAAGAGUUCCGUUUAUGAUGGUGAAGAUAUCCAUUAAGAAAUUAGAAGGUUCAAGAGUUGUUUCAUGUGAACGUCACUUAUUAGUUACAAAGUUAUAUUCAUAGCUUAAAAAAAAAUGCCCAAUUGUGUCAAAAUAAAGGAUAUCUCUGUAUUACAGUUUUCACAGUA